AUGUCCAGUGUGUCCACAUAUCUAACCUCUGAGGGCCAGUCCAGGGACACUGUCCGGAGAGCACGGACAGCAAGCACGAUCGCCGGCGGUGGCCAUGGAGCAGGUCGAACCCCCGUCACGACGGAGUCAUUUCCGAGACCGAAACAAAAUGGCCACCUGUUAUCAGGGGAGGGAACUCCGCCUGCUCCCCGACUAACGUUCUACCACAACGCAGGUGGAUCACGUGUGAGGGCCGAGAAUGCCCCCCGGAGACACAACAGGCGGCUCCAGUCACUGCCCCCGAGGAAGCCAAAAGCUGACGAUGACUCCCCCAGGAUGGCCAACUCCGCCCCAUCUAGGAAGGGCCAGAAGGCGGUGGCUCCCCUCCCAAAGCUCAACAACCUGAUGGCAAAGCUGAAGACAUCAGAGCGGGAGCAUACAUACGGAAAACACCGAACAAAUGGUAGCGUAGCCUCUGACACGUCUAAUUUGCUACAAGCUAGUUACAGUCCGUUUGAGUCCCAAAAGUUUGCUACCUCAUGGGCUAACGCUAGAGCGGAACAGCCCAAACUCCGAAGUGACGACAGGGGUUCUCCUAACGAGAAACGCGAUGUUCCAGAAAAGAGGUCUGACCCCUUCCAUGCCAAGACCGAAAGAAGGUUACACCCUGUGAUUCCCGAAGAGGUCACGAAAGAACGAGAGAAGAUAGGCCGGAGGAAUGAACAAACACUCAGCUUCAUGUUCCACUCCUCGGACAAGGAGAACACUUCUCCCGUGAAACAAAGAGAGUCACCCAACUUGGACACGAAGGCAAGAGAGAAGCGGAUUGCUCUGGCGAGAAGAGACUGGAACCCUAGUUAUGUAGUUCCCAAACCUCCGGCCAGUAGACGACGGAAAUUAAUAACCGUAGAACUCGACCAGAUUAAGGAACAUAAUCAAACUGUUCGGGAAAGAGAACGAAAAAGGGUCGAAUCUAAACGCCGGCAGCAGAAACAACUUAAUCACCUGAGAAAACGGUUUAAAGACCAGCAGUAUAGACGCUUCCGGUCCCAGUACGUCACGAGUCGCGUGUUAGAGCACGAGAAGAUGAACCGGAAUCUGUACGGACUUCCGGAAGAGAAUGCGCCUGACGAGAAUGAAGAAGAGGAGGAACUAGAUGUGCCUGAGGAUGAAUCCGAACAGAGCGUGAAGAGCAGGAAGAAGAAGGAUGAGCUGAUUACACGUUUGACAAAAAAGAAGAAGAGGAAAGCCUAUGAGAGGAAGUACAAGAACAUGUUCAACAUAAGUGUGGGUCCGUCCUGGGAUCCUCGAGCAACAACACCCAAGAUGGAGGGAGUCGACAUAAUCGCUUUGGAGGUCAAGGAAAAGGACGGAAAAGUCAAAGAGAGGAAGGCAGAGGUCAAAGACAUCGUGAGGGACGCGAAGAAGUUAUUACAGGACUCCAGUCGAGAUUACGACCUAUCGCUGAACGAGUCGAGGCUGACAUCUCCAAACAGUCGUUCAACACGUCUCGGAAGACGUCGGCCAUCACUCGACUCUCUGGAAAUAGAUGAUGACGAUGAUGACGGACGAUAUUUUGAGCGUGCACGACGAAAGUACAACCUAGAUGUGGACAGUCAAGUGUAGACCACAGUUGUAGGCAGGAGGUCUUUAGAUUUGUUUCAAAACGACUUAAUUGGAUUUGUCUCGCAAGAGAUGAUUCCAGUCAAACGCCAUGCUCAUCCAGAUCUGUGAUAUAUCAGGAGACCUGAUUCAAUGUGUGACAUAUGUCAUAUAUCAGAGGACAGCAUUGAUGUGUAUCGUAAAACUCGGCCAACCUCGCUCAGAUUUUGAAUAUAUCAGAAGACCAGAUGCUUGACGGGCAUUUACAAGUUGGAAAGUAACAAAACAACGUGUGGUAUGGGUUUACAACUUCUCUAUUAUUUACAACACGCCCUUUCCAUGCCAUACGUUGUUAUGAUAUCAGAAGACCGCUAAGAUAUAUGUAUACCAGGAGACACAAGAUAUAUAUGCCGUAUAUCAAAAGACACCAGAGAUAUAUGUUUUCAGUUUCCGCUCAGGAAUAAGUAUUGUGAAGAAUCGUGUUCUUCAUUCCGAAAUUAUAGACACAAGUAGGAUAGGCAUCAUCGAAAUAUGUCGUAUA